AUGGACAGUCGUUUCGACAAAGACGUCGAUAGUCUGUUCUCUCGUUUCCAGAAGGGGGUGCAGCUACUCAAGAAGGAACCGAAACUUUUUCGAGGACUCCUUUACAUGAGCGUCAAAGAUGUGAAUAUGAAUGACCGUCAAGGAGUUGUUGACGAGCUUUCUGUCAAGCUUGAUCGAGUAUUUGAGGCAAACAAAGCCCAGAACUUCUUGACUGAGAUGUAUGCCGGUCAGCUGGUGAUCAAUUGCACACCACCAUUUGGCACCACGGAGUACUAUCAGAGCAUGGAAAACGACGUGUUGAAAAGGCUGUGCCACAUCGUAAGUCUAUUGGAUCAACCACUGGCGGGGUUUGCGACAGGAAAGACUUUUCUGGACUGCUUCCGAUUGGUAUUAUCGAAGAUCUCGAUUUUGGACUGGACUAGUAUGGAGAAGGACACGGAACAUCUGCUGAUCGUAGACGCGAACGAAAAGUUACCAGGUAUUCUUCGGACGGGUUGCUGCGUUGCCCACUCUUUGGUGGCAGAUCCGUCGAUUCCCUCCCAUUUGAAGGAAGAUGUCGUGCGCGUCGGCACUCGCGAAAAGAUUGUCAUCUUUCUCGAGAAUGUAUGUCAAGCGUAUCCGGAGCGUGCUUCAAUGUGGCGAAGCUUGGGCGAUGUGGUAUCCUUGGACGAUAUCAACGACGAAUCGCUUGAUUUUGGAUUCGACGUGACGAUGCCUGGUGGCACGAAAUGUGGCACUAUUCACAAGGCGCUGGUGGUGCACUUUCAUCGUUUCUCAUCUCUCCGUGGAGUCGGAGGUGACACUUCCAAACUAGUCGUCGGAGACCAGCUCUCUUUUGACGCUUUUCUAGUAUUCGCACUGCGCCGAUCUAAGGAAUAUAAGUAUGCAAGAAAAGUUAGACUAUCUGUAGAUUUAGAAAGAAGCUAA